AUGUCGAUACAGCAACUGCCCAGGGACGUUGUUGCUCAAAUCAAAUCAUCCACUAUCAUUACCUCGUUGAACACUGCCGUCUGUGGUCUGCUUCGAAAUUCUUUGGAUGCCAGAUCUACGAAGAUCAACAUCUCAGUUGACUAUGGGCGUGGAAGCUGCUCUGUCGAAGACAACGGUGUUGGCAUUCCUCCAUCCAAUUUUCGGGAGGGUGGGGGACUAGGCCAACUGCACUAUACCUCAAAAUACCCGCCGUCCGCAGACUGUCACGGCAAACAUGGCGAGUUCCUGGCAUCUCUAGGCUCUCUCUCUUUGUUGACCGUCACGUCACAUCACCGUGAUUACCGGUCACACAACUCGCUUACUAUACACAAGUCCAACGUGGUGACACGGAAUGUUCCAGCCCUGCCUGAGCAGCGCAUAUUGGGCUUUUCCAGCGGGACUCGUGUUGCCGUCCGUGAUCUUUUCGGCUACCUGCCUGUCCGCGUCAAGCAGAGAGCUACAGAAAUGGAGCGAUUGGGCACAAGUGGGUAUUUCGACCAGCUGAUCCACGAAGCCGUUGCUCUUCUGCUUGCUUGGCCAGGAGAGGUGGCUGUAAAUCUCCAGGAUUCGAUUGCUCGAAGAACAGUGUCUCUCCAGACAUCUCCACUUGCUGAUAUCGAGAAACACCAUUUACUGUCAGCUCGGGAUGUUCUUUUGCGAACACCCAAGCUUCUUCUUGCAGCGUCCUUGUUGGACCAAGAGAAUCCGAAGUCGUGGGUCUCGAUUGGUGCCACUGCUCCAGGCAUUACCGUAAGAGGCUGCGUGUCACUGGAACCGGCAGCUACGAAGAGAGUGCAGUUCAUCGCUCUCGGCAUCCAGCCAUCCCUCAACGAAGGUCACUCAAACUUCCUCUACGAUGAAGUCAACAACGUGUUUGCCAACUCCAGCUUCGGUACCAUCGAAGAAGCUGGCGUUGAUGACGACGGUUAUCCACAGAAGAUGGCUGGCUUCACCCGCAAAGAGCUGAAGCCAAGAAAAGGCGUGGACCGAUGGCCCAUGUUCUUUCUCCAGAUCAUAUUAGAGCACGGGUUGGGUUCCGUGGAUGCGGAUGACUUUCUAGAUGAAAGGCGGCCGAAUCUCUCCAUCAUUGUUGACCUGCUUCAAGUGAUGGCAUAUGAGUUCUUGAAGAAGCACAUGUUUCGACCAAGGUCUGUUCACGCCAUUAAGCAGCUCAAAACUGGAACGGUCUCUGGUUCUGAUUUUGCUUUCGAGACGAACCGAAAAUCAGCUUCGCAGCUGCCGGUAGCCAGGUCUGCUUCCAGACUAAGUGUUCGCACAAAGGCUUCAAGGAAGUCGACCACACGGGACACCGAGACACGCUCUGCAUCACCAUUUUCAUCAUGGCCCAAAACCAAGCAUGUCGUCCAGCCACAAACUGAACUCAAGAGAGCAGUUUCAUUGCCUAUGGGUCGCACCUCGAGUGGCACGUCUCUAGCCGGCUGUUCCAAUGCCAUCUCGGAUGGUUCAGAGACAGUUGAAAAGCCGCAUGAUCCAGUCGCAGAUACAUCUGCUGAGCCAAUGAUCUGGAUUGACCCUGUUACCAAAAUCAAGUCGAUGAUUGAUCCACGGACUGGUUUUGCGAUGAGGCCCAAACAGGGUUCCAAUAAAAGGCCGAGCCUUGAUCGGAGAAGAAGCUCAACAGCGCUCAGGGACUGGAAACCUAGCACAAACACCCGGGGCCGGUCCUUUUUCCUGCCAACGGAACUGCCCAUCCCUAGGCUAUCCCAGGAAUCAGACACGCUUGGCUGCGAAGGAGGUGAACAUGGCUGCCAUGGGCUUGGGGUAAUUACCCUCGAGAACAGCAAUAACAGUGUUUCGACUGCUCUGGAAGGGAGAAUAUCCAAAGACACGCUACGAAAAGCCGAAGUGGUGAAUCAAGUGGAUGAAAAGUUUGUGUUGGUGAAAGUCUUCAACCAGGCUGGAACAGUCCACAGGAGAGAUCUCGUCGAUUCUCCGCUGCUGGUGAUCAUAGACCAACAUGCCGCUGACGAGCGUUACCGGGUUGAAGCUCUGCUGAAAGAGUACUUCGUGCCGAACCCAGAUGACGGCAGGAGCUUGGUGGCGGCCAGAACGCAUUUGGACAAGAAGUUGUUCUUUGACUUGUCUAGGCAAGAAGGAGAGCUGCUUGUGAGGUUCAAACGGCAUUUUGCUUAUUGGGGUGUUAUCUACGACCUGACAACCCAAGACCAGGCAUCGAGGGUCACGGUGGAGGUUCAGGCCUUGCCGCCCAGUAUAGUGGAACGGUGCCGUCUUGAACCCAGGCUUCUUGUUGAACUGCUCCGGAAUGAGAUCUGGAAGCUGCAUGAAAACCCCAGCAAACAGGCUGGCAUCGUGCCACGGCUCCCGAUCGGUGACGAGGCCGAUCAUCAGUGGUUCUCCAGGUUCCACAACUGUCCAGAGGGAAUCAUUGAGUUGAUCCACUCCAGGGCUUGCCGAAGCAGUAUCAUGUUCAAUGACGUCCUGACCAAGGAGCAAUGCUUUCAGCUUGUGCAGAAUCUGGCUACAUGCGCCUUCCCGUUCCAAUGUGCCCACGGCAGGCCGUCGAUGGUGCCUCUGGUGCAUCUCGGGCCGAGCAGCAGUGUCGGGUCUUUCGGCAUGGCCGGGGAAAAGAAUGGGAAGAAACGGCUGUUGUGUGAUAUCCGGAAGUGGAAGGACAGUGUGGGAAGGGCGAAUCAGACCUGA